AAUGGAGACAAUGGAGUUGGAGUGAAUCAGUCACAUACAGAUCCAUGCAGCAUGUUAAGAAUAUUCAUAAAAAAACGUCCGCGGCUACGGUUGACAUGUUUACGUGCAAAAGUUGCUUGAACGGAUUUGACCCUUUAUUGAAGCGAUUGGAGAGCUAGAAAGAUCUGCUUCUCGACUUACAUGUGCCACUUGUGUUUUACAAUUGACAGAGUGUGAGUAUUUGCGGAAAUGGAGGAGUGCGGGAUAAAACUUGAUGUCAAAGAGGUUAAGUUUGAUCUCAUACAAGCUAUUCACGAAUGUUCACAGCGUUGUUUGAAGCAUUCUACAAAAUGGCUUGCUGAAUUGAAUUACUCCUUGAAAGACAUUAAAAUUGAUCCUGAAACUCUGAAAGUUUCUCAAAAUCUAUUGAUCAAUGAUGAGGAGGAUCGGUAUAUCCUGGGAAAAAGUUAUUUUGACCUCAAGGAGUUCGAUCGUGCUGCAUAUUUUACAGAACAGUGUCGAACUCCAAAGGUUCGAUUUCUGCACUUGUAUUCUCGCUACAUGUCAGGAGAAAAGAAAAGAGUUGACAAUAUGACAGACGUACCUCCAGAUCCACUCAAAAAUGACAGCUUAAAGUUACUUUGCACCGAUUUAAGAAAGGAUCAUAUUACUGGGAAUUUAGAUGGAUUCGGUCUUUAUUUGUUUGGAGUGACACUGAAAAAGUUACAACUUACGCGCGAAGCAAUUGAUGUCUUGGUUGAAUCAAUUCACAAAGAGCCGAUGCAUUGGGGAACUUGGUUAGAAUUGGCCACCCUAAUCACUGAUCGCGAAAAGUUGGAAAGUCUCUCCUUGCCUAGUCACUGGAUGAAACAUUUUUUUAUGGCUCACAUGUAUCUGGAAUUGCAGUUAAUAGAUGAAGGAUUGUCACUGUACAAUCAGUUGCAGAAAGCGGGAUUCAAAACAAAUGGUUACGUUUUAGCACAAACUGCUAUUGCUGUUCACUACAGAAGAGAUGUGGACAAUGCAAUUGGCACGUUCAAGUGUAUUAUAAAGGAUGAUCCCUAUUGCCUUGAUAAUAUGGAUACUUAUUCGAACUUGCUUUACGUAAAAGAAUUAAAAGUGGAGUUGGCAUACCUUGCUCACCGGGCGACUGAAAUUGACAAAUAUAGGCUGGAAACGUGCUGUAUAGUUGGAAAUUACUACAGUUUAAGAGCGGAUCAUCAGAAAGCAGUUAUGUACUUUCACAGAGCGUUAAAGCUCAACCCACAAUAUUUGUCUGCAUGGACCUUGCUGGGCCACGAAUUUAUGGAGAUGAAAAAUACUAAUGGUGCCAUACACAGCUAUCGACAGGCAAUUGAGGUGAACAGACGCGACUACAGAGCGUGGUAUGGCUUGGGCCAAACGUAUGAAAUUUUAAAAAUGCCUUUUUACGGUCUGUACUACUACAAGCAGGCUCAACUUUUACGGCCUCACGACAGCAGAAUGGUUCUUGCUCUGGGUGAAGCAUACGAGAAGCAGGACAAAAUACAAGAUGCCCUAAAGUGUUACUACAAGGCGUGCAAUGUCGGUGACAUAGAAGGCAUGGCACUAAUAAAAUUAGCCACAUUAUAUGAGAAGUUGGGUGAGUACGAUCACGCUGCGGCGGCCUACACCGACUUUGUGACUGAUGAAUGUAGAAACGCUGACAGAGCUGAACUGAGUCACGCAUACAAGUAUCUGACACAGUAUCAUCUCAAACGUGAUCAGUUGGAUCAAGCUAAUCAUUAUGCUCAAAAGUGUUUGCAAUUUGAGGAAACAAAAAAUGAAGCCAAAGCAUUUUUGAAAACAAUAGCACAGAAGAGAGUUAAAGUGGAAGAGAAUCCAAUGAUGACUGAAGACAUGAAUGAAACUGAUCCUGUAAUAGAACACAGUCUUGGCAACAACGGAACAUCUAGAAAUCAAUUGUCACCUAUGAAUUUGUCCUUCACACCUACGUAGUAAUGUACUUAGAUUUUAUAUUAUCUUCUUGCUUAAACUUUCACAAGUCCUUAUGAAGGACCUGGUUUUAAGGCCGCUUGUACGGACCGAGUCAAGUGCAGUGGUCUAGAUGAUUUUUGAGAGCCGAGACUGCCAUCGGAUGGCCACAUCUCUACUCCAUUUUUCUCAUUUCACUAAUACAACAUUCAACAGAGUCAUUUCUCUGCAUUUACCCUAUUUUUCCUUGUUCGACAAAACUUCCCUUUUUUCCCCUCUGCCAAUACAUUCAUGAACUCAUUUUUUAUGUAGCGUAUAUGAAAUUUGCGCGUUCAUAUUUUAUAACUGCGAACUGAAUUGCGCACAUCAAUUCAGAACGUAUUUUUUCAUCCGCGCCAAGCCACGUAUGGCCUUAGUGUAUUAGGGAGGAAUGGGAUUCAGGCGCUCUCCUCAAUUCAUCAUCAUCAUUUAUUCAUUUAUUCAUUUAUUCAUUUAGGCAUUUGUAUUGACUGUCCCUCGAAUUGAUCUAAAUCUUGAAAUACCUGGGCAAAUCUAAUUCAUCGCCAUCAUUGCAAACCCUUUAUUUAUGUUGAAAUUAAGAUUCAGCACUUUACUGUGCCGAUGAAUGACCUCAUCUCCCACUAUUUGGUAAAUCUGCGAAUCUCCAAGUUGCAGCUAAUAAGCACGUAAAUUAUGUAACAAUUUUGAAAGCUUAGAACCUCUCUCAGAGACGAGUAAGACGUGAAUGCCCUUAUUCGCCAGAUCAGGAUACGAUACAUCAAGUAGAUUGGCGCAUGUUCUAAUUGUGUACCGUUCACAGGUAAAUUUUAAAGGUUUUUUACUUAGAAGGUACGGGAAAAGUUUACCAGAAGAUUUGGCAUAUCGUUUCCAGACAAUUGCCUCAAAAUUCGGAGACGAUGGAUAAGAACGUGCUGGCCAUUCUCUCAGGGAUUGAAAUUCUGUGAUUUAAUGGGCCUUCUUCCUUUUCUCAAACAGGGAUAUCCAGUUUUUAAUGUCAAUUAGAUGCUUGUAGUUUGAUUCAUCGUUAUCAAAGUGAUGACGUGUGGGAUGCUUUUCUCGAAUUCUCCUGUUGCUGACUUUACAAUCUUGGGUGUUAGAUUUGCGGUGUAUUCCUGCCGGAAGUAACAAAAUUCAAGAGGAUAAACAUUCGUGGAUAGAAAAAGAGAGAUAUUUUCAUUCUCAAUCAAGAAUAUACUUUUCAUUCCUCAAAAGCUACCUUUUUCUUUCCACGUGUAUAUCCGUCAUGUUCACUGAGAUCUAUAUUUUUGUAUUCCUGACUAUACAACAUAUUUUCACAGAUUUAUCCAUGUGUAUCCAUAUUAAAACUUGAUAAUUAAUGCCAAAAUUAUGUAUUCUUAUCCGCUUCUAUCCAUUGAUAUCAAUUUUUUUGUAUCCAUUUGAAUCCUUUCCAAUAUUUAAGAUUCUAAUGCGUUUCUAUCCACGAUAUAUUGUUGUAAUUUCUAUUUAUUUGAAUCUGAGCUGAAAUUUAUGGGUUGAGCGCGUCUAUUCAAUUAAUUUUAAAACAUAAUUACCUCUUAAAAACACAAUGCUACUGCCAUGUCACCAAUAACAUGUGCUGUGCGAAAAAACAUGCGGUUUUUUUUUCAAGGCCAAAAAUCGUGUUGAACAAUGACAAAAUUAUCCGAGUAAUAAAUCAUUUUAAAACUUGAA